AUGGAUAACAACAAAAGAGAAUCGUCUGAUAGGUCCGAAAAUUCUCGGUUUCAUCAUUUGAAAAACGCUUUUGUUUUUUUUUUUGAAAAAAAAAUUCUAAAAAUUCUAAAAAAAAAGAAACAUCGUUGCGAGACCCAUCGGCAUGUGUGUGCUGCACCUUGAAUCACUGUUGUCCGCCCUUUUGUUUUUUUUUUCGUGAAAAAAUUUUCUCUUCGUUCGCUAUCGAUUUUUUGGCGAGAUUUUAAAAACAAAACAAAUUUAAUAUUGUCUGUAUUGAAAACUAUCUUUGUUUUUUCGCGUUUUGUUUGCUUUUCGGUGGAAAUUGUGAGCGUAUAUUAUCGAUUUGUGAACAAAAGUUACAUUUUCCAACAAUUUCAAUAUUUUUCCAGACGGGUGUCGACAUCGACGCGGCCUCGUCAGGCGAUCCUAUCAGGCCUCUCACAUUGGGCACCUUCCGCAAUGACAAACGCACGCGGAAGUAAUUCGGCCGCUUCAGCGAGUACCACCACCUCGCAAGGCGUUUUAAUGGUCGGACCAAAUUUCAAGGUGGGCAAAAAGAUUGGUUGUGGAAAUUUCGGUGAAUUGCGACUCGGCAAAAAUUUGUAUAACAACGAACAUGUUGCUAUAAAACUGGAACCAAUGAAAUCGAAAGCACCACAACUUCAUUUGGAAUAUCGAUUUUAUAAAUUACUCGGUCAAGCCGGUCAGUUUUGUUGUUUUUUUUUGAAGAAAAAUAUUUUUAUUAUAGAAGGCUUACCACAAGUGCAUUAUUUUGGACCUUGCGGAAAAUACAAUGCAUUGGUGAUGGAAUUAUUAGGACAUUCUCUAGAAGAUUUGUUCGAUUUAUGUGAUCGUCAUUUCUCUCUGAAAACUGUUGCUAUGGUUGCCAUGCAAUUGAUACGAAGAAUAGAAUAUGUUCAUACCAAACAUUUGAUAUAUCGUGACGUGAAACCGGAAAAUUUCCUAAUCGGUCGGUAUUCGACACGAAAACAACAUGUUUUGCAUAUUAUCGACUUCGGGCUCGCUAAAGAAUAUAUUGAUUGUGAUACGGGAAAACAUAUAGCGUACCGGGAACACAAAUCGCUGACGGGUACAGCCAGAUACAUGUCAAUCAAUACACAUCUCGGAAAAGAGCAAUCACGUCGAGACGAUUUAGAAGCCCUUGGUCAUAUGUUUAUGUAUUUUUUGCGCGGCUCACUUCCAUGGCAAGGAUUGAAAGCGGACACGUUGAAAGAGCGCUAUCAAAAGAUUGGCGACACAAAACGACAGACUGCUGUUGAAGUGUUGUGCGAAGGAUUUCCUGAUGAAUUUGCGCAAUAUCUGAGAUAUGCGCGACGUCUCGAUUUCUUCGAAACGCCUGAUUAUGAUUUCUGUUAUAAUUUGUUCAAAGCAGUGCUUGAUAGAUUAGGUGCAACUUAUGAUUAUGAAUUUGAUUGGACGCCAAAAUUGAAUAAUGUUGUAAGAGUUUUUGAUACUGAAAAAAACUGUUUAAAAAACUUUUUCCAGUCAACACCUUCUGGGUCAUUACACACAUCCGAAUCAAAAGAUGUUAAACGAACUGAUCGCGGUGAAUUGAAAGUGAAUCAGGCAGCUGCUCAUACUCAAUUUGGCUCUACUCAGGUUUGUCUUUGGAAAAUGUGGCUUCGUCAGUCGCGUGCGGCUCUGCAUCGCGGUCAACAAACUUUGUUUUCCGACCACGACGCAUAGCCGCAUAGCAGGCUAGUGCCGGAAAAUUCGGAAAAUUUUUCAAGGUCUUAAAUUUUGAAUUUCAGCCCUAAGUUGGCACUAAAACUUAUGGAAACGUUCUACGUUCAAAAAAUAGUAAAAUUUGAAAUAUUGAAAAAAAAAAUUCCAAAAAUUUCAUUUUUUUUUUAUCAUAAACUGAAAAAAUUUCCCAAAAUUUAGGCAAUAUUGAAGAUAUUACUACCAAAAUUCAUUUUUCGAGCACAUUUUCCGGAAAACUGGAAAUUUGAUUUUUCCUUCAAAAAACUGGAAAAUUUCCGGCACAGGCCUGAAUACAUAGUGAAACUUGAUUCUAAUGUUUUUUGUUUCUGCAGGUGAUAAAUUCGAAUACGGGUGAUGCGGUAGAAGAUCGUAAUGGUGAAGGACGUGCUGUUGCCGGCGACAAUCAAUCUGGCGAAGUGAAGUGUUGUUGUUUCCGUCGUCGCCGAAGGAAGCAGAACACAACAUCGGCUGUGGCACAAAAAUAGAAAUCGUUAUGAUUUAUUAUUAUUUAAGAUGAUAUCCGAUUCAUUCUAGUUGCUCAUUUCAUCAAUUAUCAAUCAACCACAAAAUGUGCACAUGUUUUAUUUAUUCCUAGGUGUCUUUGAAACCCGCCCCGUCGAAUUGGAGAUGGUUACUUCAAGGUGAGGAUUUUUAUUAUUUUUUGGAAAAAAUAUAGCAGAAGCUAAUUUUCGAAAAAUUCCGAUUCAAAAAGGCCCGGAAACUCAGGGGGACUAGAAAAUGCCCUAGGGACUAGAAAUUUCCUAGCCCCCCCCAUCUCUCAAAAGCUUUUCCUCAGGAUUUUUAAAAUCAGGCAACUUCUAAAAUAGAUUGGAACAAUCUAGAGAUGAAUAUCCUAUUUUUCACCUUAUUUAUAGGUUUAAUAUCUAAAAUUGAAAUUUUUCAGUACAUCUUCAAUCAAUUGA